AUGUUGAUUUAUGAUUUAAUCACUAGAGUAAUCUGAUAAGAAGUGUACUUUUUAAGAUACUUGUUGAAAAUCUGGUGAUCUUUGAUCUUUGACUGUGUUCUUGAGAAUUCCUUAAUAUCAAUUGCAAGUCUUAAUUCGCAUAUAUCUAUUAUAUUUCUUCUUUAUUUUUCCUUUUCGUGUCUGUGUUGGCCAUUCGAUAUAUAAUCUUAAAUAGUCAUGUCUGAUUCAAUUGAUCGUGUUUUUGUGAAGGCGAUCACCACUAUAAGAGCAUUAUCAUCUCGUUCUAAUUAUGGAUCUUUACCCCGCCCACCAGCAGAGAAUCGAAUCAAAUUAUAUGGACUUUACAAACAAGCUGCAGAAGGUGAUGUGGAAGGAGUUAUGCCUCGACCUGUAGGGUUUAGCUUGGAAGAUGAAGGUGCUAAAAAGAAAUGGGAUGCAUGGAAACGAGAGGAAGGUUUAUCCAGAACUGAAGCUAAAAGACAAUACAUAUCUUUUUUAAUUGAAACCAUGAGAGUAUAUGCUAGUGGCACAUUGGAAGCUAGGGAAUUAUUGAGUGAAUUGGAAUAUCUUUGGGAUCAAAUCAAGGAUUUACAAUUUAGUCCUGAAGAUGAACGUGAAAUACAUAUUCCUAAUCCUCCACAAUCUCCUCUGUUGUUAUCCGAACGAUAUUCAACCGCUACACCACUUCCUUUACCUAGUAAUUACUCUCUUUCAUACAACCACCAACCACAGCAACAUCAGCAACAACAACAACAACAACUGCAAUAUCGUAGUAAUUUACAGAAAAUUUAUUCACAUUCUAGAAGAAGUACCAUGUUAUCAUUAAAUGAAUACGUUCUGCAACAAAGACAAACAGGAAAUCAAGUAGGAGAUGGUGUUACUUCGGGUGCACCUCCAGUUGCUACAUCUGUAUUCUCCUUACCACCAGGUUCAUUAUCCCGUCACCAUGAAACUGGACCAGAACAAAAUAAUUCAUUGGAUGAUUUUAAAGUAUGGCAAGGAGAAAUUAAUAUGGUUAUUAAUAAAUUAUCUCGGGAAUUUUUAAAUUCCAAAGCAUCGAAAAAGUAUAGCUACCGUGGAGCACAUAUUACCACUACAGAUUCUGAGAAUUCACUGGAUUAUAUUGAAGAUCCAAGAAAAAAAAUUCAGAGAAGAAUUAUACAUUUAUUGAAAAUUGUUGGUGUUAAUAUAUUGAAGUUCUUUAAGAAUUUCUCAAUUAGUAUCUUAGCAGUACUUUUCUUAACUUGGUGUAUUAAAAAGAAUGUAAUCGUGGAGAGAACAAUAGUUAAACAACCAGCAAUGAACAAUAGGCAUAAUAAGGAGUUGGUGAUUAAUAUGGUGUUAAAUAUGGAUGAGAAUAAGUGGUUCAUUAGAUUGUUAAACUUUGUGAAUAGCUUUGUUGGAUUUGUUUAG